AUGAGCUCCCCCCAACAACCAAGGAGAGGCGCGAGAGUGCGGAAGCAAACUGCAAAAGGUCAGGCCUACUCACUUUCCCUUGCGCAAAAUGCUCUUCCUCAAGCCCAAGCACCCACCGUGACCAAUGCUUCUGCAAACAAUACUAUUAAUGGCUCUAGUUCUGGACAAGGCAAUGCUGAUGGGGGCCUUCGGAGAUCAAAAAGGACCCGAAGGACACCCUCCACGACUGUGAUACCUAACAAAAAGCGCCGAGUCUCUCAACCUGGGUCGACGGUUGAAGGGUUCAUGAUCAAACUAUACGCUGAAAUCCAUCGUGCAGCUACAGUCAAGACGGUCGGACAAUGGGAGCGCUAUUGGACACGGCACUUGCUCCGACAAGCCCGGACCUUGCGCUUUUUUGACCUCGUUACGAAAAGCACUCGUCGAACGUUGAUUACAAGGCUAGAUAAGUUUGAAAGCAACGACCCCAAGGAGAAGAGAAUUGCAGACCUUGCAAAAGACGACGUCGGCAUUGACCAUGCUCAAAGAUUGACAGAAUUCUGUGACGCACCGAAUCUCCUUCUCCUGACCAUUUGUGCACACUCUAAAAGCUUUCGCGAGGCAAUCAUUCGCAGCGACGUCGAGAGCAGAGCACAGGGCGUGCCUGAAUGGGGUCAAAUCUACCCCAAGAUCAAAGAGUGCGCGUCAAGCCUAGAACUCUUCGCCAGAACGUACAAGUUUGAUUGGACAGACGCCCUCGUGAACUUCGACGCCGACUUUGAAGUUCUUCUUAUAACUGUAUAUAAGGAUUGUCCAGACACCCGUGGCAAGAGUGGCGCCAACUUUGGAAUUGGCGACGACGACCUGCGAGAAACUCACCAGAUCGGCGAUGAAGAUAAGCACCGAAUUCAUCAUCACUGGGUUUUGCCCGUUGAGGAUGGGGAACCAGCCGCCUGGCCAUCAGUCGAAUGCACCAUCACUCAGGACCUCACCAAGGCGGGAUAUGUGCACGGCGAGAACGCCAUCGCAGGCAUCCCCGAACAAGGAAAUCACCUUGAAGUCAACCGGGCGGCGAUGUUCCCGUUGAAGGAGAAACGAUGGCUCCAACAAUUCAACAUUGACCAAUCGAUCGUCCUUGCAGACUACGACUGGCAGGCACUCGCGCCAAAGAUGGUUUCCUUCGACGGGAGCGACUACGCCGACCCAGCCUUCUGCGGGUUUCCCAACAAUCCCUGUAAAGUGUGUGGAGCUGUAGAAUUGGCACCCUUCAGCUCCAGCGCUACUGUUGUCACCGGUGCAGGAAAGAAGCAGUAUAACCAGGCAGGCCUGGCUUGCCAAUGCAGGUUCGCCGAUCUCUGCAAGAAGUACAACAAGCCCCCGCAGAACAACCACCGGGACAUCCUAGUUGAAUUGUACACCACGGCUGAUAGGGGUCGAGGAGUGCGCGCGCUCCAAACGAUCCGCCCGGGCACCUACCUGGGCGAGUACCUGGGCGAGAUCACUGCGGUUGAGGCGGACGCCGAGGAUGUCCCGGGCUCGAUGGUCAACCACCGGUACGGCCUGCAGACGUAUCACAUGCAGCUCGACGUCGCACGGGCGGCAGACUAUGUGGUCUCAGUAAGGACGACGACGACCACCAGGCCGAAGCCGAAGGGAUCGCCGGCCACGGGAAAGGCGAAAUCCACCACAUCAACCACUCCAACCGCGGACGCCGAACUCCGGCCACAGUACGCGCUCGACGCGGCGCACCGGGGCGGGUGGACGCGGUACGUCAACCAUUCGUGCGCGGCCAACACGGAGUACAGACUGGUGAACCUCGGGCAGCACACACACGUCGUGGUCCGAGCGCGGCGCAAGAUCGCCUUCGGCGAGGAGAUUACGGUCAACUACGGCGGGGGAUACUUUGCGAACCUGGGCAUCGCGUGUCGGUGCGGCGCCGCCAGAUGUAAGUACAAGAACGUCGUUGCCCACACACAGGGUCCGACUCCGAGCGGGGACGAGAGCAAGAGCGAGAGUAAGAUUGAGAGUGAGUUGAGUGCAGAAGCGAGUGCGAGUGCGAGUGUCGACGGUGCUGGUGAUGGUGGAGGAGCUGACGAGGCUGAAGAUGAAUAG